UCUGUAGACAAGUGUUUAUAUAGAAGCAUCGGGUUGUACCAACGCUGGUUCGGGACUUGGUCGGGGAUCUGUUACCAUCUUCCUACGUCAUCUAUAUAAUGACGAUCUCCAACAAUCAGACACCAUCUGCUCCACUCACCCGCACAACAUGGCUACAUACGACGCCCUGAUCAUCGGCUCCGGACCGGCCGGUCUCUCCAUCGCUCUGGGGCUAAGCCGUAUCCACCGCCGAGCCGCCAUCUUCACCAAACCCGGCGGCGCAGGCUUCCGCAACGCAGGGGUCCACGAGAUGCACAAUGUCCUGGCACAGGAUACCACCCCGCCAGCGGAAUUCCGGCGCAUCGCAACAGAGCAGAUCAAGGCGUACGGGACGGUCGACUUCCUCGAGGCGGAGAUCGUCGCCAUGAAAGCAUACGCCCAGGACGGCGCAGCCAAUACCUUCCACGUAACGGCCGCCGAUGGCCGGACCUUGCAGGGCCGGAAGCUGGCGUUGGCAAUGGGGUGCAUCGACGUGUUCCCUGAGAUAGAGGGGUAUGCGGAGAACUGGCCGCAGAAUAUCUUCCAGUGUCUGGGGAUAUUGACUUUCCCGCAGCCGAUGUAUGCCCACUUGGCGCAGAUGAUGCUUCUCCUUGUGACGCCUACGUCUGGGCCAGUGACUAUCUUUACGGACGGGCCGGCGGCAGACGAUGAGGCGACGAAGGCUGCAAUGGAGAAGGUCAACGCGCUGCAGUGUAGAGUUGAAACAAGAAGAAUUCUCCGACUGGUGCCUGUGCCUGCGCCUGACAUAGGUGUUAGGGUCGUUCUAGAAGGCGGCAAGGAGUAUAAGAUGGGAUACCUUGCGCACAAGCCGCGGACGAUCCUGGCGGGACUAGACAUGAUUGCACAGCUUGGCUUGGAGAUUGAAGACGACCCGACCCUGGGACAGAGCGUCAAGGUCGAUCAGCUGUUUUCGACGACUGUUGUUGCUAAUGCGAUGGGGAGUGGUAAGUCUCCCUCUCCUGUUUCAUUUACCUUGUUGACAGGCGACUAG